GUUUCCUCCUCUGAUUCAUGCUGACUGCUGGAGGAUUCAGUCAUCAACAGUAUGCAGAGAGAGACAAAGUCCGCUGUUCGAACAACUUACACCAAAGGCGAUUCCCGUUCGGACGGCGGCGCUCUGAGGGUCCCACCGAAAGUCCUCCCGACGUCUGCACAGAUGUCUCUCCCCCGCAGUGAAAACAUCUCCACCUCCCCUGCAUCCACCAAAGGGCCGGUGAAGUACGGAGAGCUCAUCGUGCUCGGGUGCAACGGCUCGCUGCCCAGCGGCGACAAGGGGAGGCGGAAAAGCCGCUUCGCUCUGUGCCGCAGGAAGAAGGCCAACGGGGUGAAGCCGAGCACCGUCCACGCGUCCUGCACGCCGCAGGCCGCCAAGGCCGUCAGCAACAAGGAGCAGCACAGCAUCUCGUACACGCUGUCCCGCACACAGACGGUGGUGGUGGAGUACGACCACGACAGCAGCACCGACAUGUUCCAGGUGUGCGGCGUCCGCUACCGACACGCCGAGGCCGCUACGCGCCCAGACCGCUACGCCCCCCGACAGCUACGCGCCGAGACGUUACACGCUGAGGCCGCUACGCCCCCCGACAGCUACGCCCCCCGACAGCUACGCCCCCCGACAGCUACGCCCCCCGACAGCUACACGCCGAGGCCGCUACGCGCCGAGGCCGCUACGCCCCCCGACCGCUACGCCCCGAGACGCUACACGCCGAGGCCGCUACACGCCGAGGCCGCUACACGCCGAGACGCUACACGCCCAGGCAGCUCCGCCCCCCGACAGCUACGCCCCGAGAACGCUACGCCUCCCGACAGCUACACCCCCCCGACAGCUACGCGCCGAGGCCGCUACACGCCGAGACGCUACACGCCCGGGCAGCUACGCCCCCCACGUCUUCACGCUGCGGGAAACCAGAUCGUCCCACGUCAGAGGGGCCAGAUGGUGGAACCCGAGUCCAACGAGCUGGUGGACGGGUCCCUCGUCGACCUGUGCGGGGCCACGCUGCUGUGGCGCACGGCCGAGGGCCUGGCGCGCACGCCCACCGUCAAGCACCUGGAGGCGCUGCGGCAGGAGCUGAACGCCGGGCGGCCGCAGUGCCCCGUGGGCCUCAACACGCUGGCCUUCCCCAGCAUGCGGCGCAAGGACGUGGUGGACGAGAGGCAGCCCUGGGCCUACCUGCGCUGCGGCCACGUGCACGGCUACCACGGCUGGGGGGGCCGCCGCGACCCCGAGGUGGAGGCGGCGUGCCCGGAGAGGGAGUGCCCGAUGUGCCGGACGCGGGGCCCCUACAAGCCGCUGUGGCUGGGCUGCGAGACGGGCUUCUACGUGGACGCCGAGCCGCCGACGCACGCCUUCGCGCCCUGCGGCCACGUCUGCUCGGAGAAGACGACGGCGUACUGGAGUCAGAUCCCGCUGCCGCACGGCACGCACGCCUUCCACGCCGCCUGCCCGUUCUGCAUCGAGCCGCUGGGCGCCGAGUCCGGCUGCAUCCGACUCAUCUUCCAGAGCCCGCUGGACUAAAGCCGCUCGGACCUUCUCAGGCUUUAAAGCCACAGAGGGGACAGAACUCUGUCCUCCGGGGGUUUUCCCCAUAACUUUAUUUUUUUUUAACUUAAUUUUGACCAAUAUAAAUUAAUUGUGUUGCCCUUUUUGGGGAAAUCAGAAAUGCGUCAUGCAGCGUUAUCCUCUUGAGUUUUUUCCCUGGACAUUCUUGUUUUAUUUAUUCCUUUUUACCUCUUUUAUAAAUCAAUGUGGAAUUCAACAGCUGAUUUCUGUCUCACCUUUCCUUAAAGAUCCAUUAACACUGAGACAUGAUCGCCAGUUUGGUGUAAGUCGAGUGUCUCACCGUGAUCCACUUCCUGUUUCUAAAUGCAGAUACGUGAUUCAUAACUUAUUUCUGUAUUUAAUCCUUUUCACCCAAAUCAAGUGACCUUUCUCGUUAACGCUGUUCGUUGAAUUUGCAGUAACUGUUUUCAUCAUGACUUUACCAAAAUAUAUCCUUUGUGAAACAU